AUGAUAGCAGCUCCGAUGGUCGCCGCUCCAGUUGUGGCCGCUCCAAUGGUUCAACCGGUAAUGGUCGCCCAACCACAACCAUCCACUGUGGUCGUCUCCAACAACGGAAACAAAAAUGACGACUGCUGCUGUUGCUGCUGCAUGUGCUAA